UUUCUUUGCGCCAUUUUAGUGUUAAGCCAUUCCGUUUCUGCCGUUUCAGUUUUCUCUGUUCAGUGUUUAUUCAACUGUGUGAAUGAUGUACUGUUCCCGUGCAAUUAUUGUGUGCACGCAUUCAUUAUUAAUACUGUUGACAAUCAUGACAAGACUAUUUUUAUUUUGAUUCAUAAUUUAUGAAAACUUUAAACCACUGAACUAGUAAAUUCGGUAAAAUUGAGUACUGUGCUACGGCACUGCGCAACACUUGAAAAAUGGCCGCCAGUGACUCAAAGGCUCCAAUCCGAAGUGUCAAACGAGUACAGUUCGGUAUAUUGUCUGCGGACGAAUGUCGACGUAUGUCAGUCACAGAAGGUGGCAUUCGUUUUGCAGAGACUAUGGAAGGUGGACGUCCAAAACUUGGGGGACUUAUGGAUCCUAGACAAGGUGUUAUUGAUCGAUUUUCAAGAUGUCAGACAUGUGCAGGUAACAUGACUGAAUGUUGUGGACAUUUUGGUCAUAUCGAGCUAGCUAAACCUGUGUUUCAUGUUGGUUUUGUAACAAAGGCCAUAAAAAUUUUGCGUUGUGUUUGUUUUUACUGUUCCAAAUUAUUAGUUAGCCCAACUCAUCCCAAAGUAAAAGAAAUUGUUAUGAAAUCAAAAGGACAGCAAAGAAAACGUUUAGCAUUUAUAUAUGAUCUAUGUAAAGGGAAAAAUAUUUGUGAAGGUGGUGAUGAAUUAGAUAUUAAUAAGGAUAAUAUCAAUGAUCCAAAUAUGCCUCCAAAAAAACAAGGACAUGGUGGUUGUGGUCGUUAUCAACCUACUAUACGGCGUGUAGGUUUAGAUUUGACUGCUGAAUGGAAGCAUGUAAAUGAAGAUUCCCAAGAAAAAAAAAUACCUUUAACGGCUGAACGUGUGCAUGAAAUUUUGAAACAUAUAACUGAUGAAGAGGUUGUAAUCAUGGGAAUGGAUCCUAAAUUUGCACGUCCUGAUUGGAUGAUACUAACAGUCUUACCUGUUCCUCCCUUACCAGUCCGACCUGCUAUUGUUAUGUUUGGAUCUAUGAGAAAUCAAGACGAUUUGACUCACAAAUUGUGUGACAUAAUAAAAUGUAAUAAUGAAUUAAUCCGCAAUGAACAAUCUGGUGCUGCUACUCAUAUUAUAGCAGAAAAUAUAAGAAUGUUACAAUACCAUGUUGCUACUUUAGUAGAUAACGAUAUGCCGGGUCUUCCUAGGGCAAUGCAGAAGUCUGGUAAACCUCUAAAAGCAAUUAAAGCACGGUUGAAAGGUAAAGAAGGAAGAAUUCGAGGAAAUUUAAUGGGAAAACGUGUAGAUUUUUCUGCUCGCACAGUAAUUACCCCUGAUCCAAAUCUGAGAAUUGAUGAAGUUGGUGUACCUCGUACUAUUGCUCAAAAUAUGACAUUUCCUGAAAUUGUUACCCCGUUUAACAUAGAUCAUAUGUUGGAGUUAGUUCGUCGUGGUAAUUCUCAAUAUCCUGGAGCUAAGUAUAUUAUACGUGAUAAUGGAGAGCGAAUUGAUUUACGUUUUCAUCCUAAACCUUCAGAUUUGCAUUUGCAAUGUGGUUAUAAAGUUGAAAGACACAUUAAAGAUGGUGAUUUAGUAGUUUUCAAUAGACAGCCUACUUUACACAAAAUGAGUAUGAUGGGUCAUCGAGUUAGAGUUCUACCUUGGUCUACAUUUAGAAUGAAUUUAAGCUGUACUUCUCCUUAUAAUGCUGAUUUUGAUGGUGACGAAAUGAAUCUUCAUGUCCCACAAUCUAUGGAAACAAGAGCAGAAGUGGAAAAUAUCCAUAUUACUCCUAGACAAAUUAUUACUCCUCAAGCUAAUAAACCUGUAAUGGGAAUUGUGCAAGAUACUUUGACAGCCAUAAGAAAAAUGACAAAAAGAGAUGUAUUUCUUGAGAAGGAGCAAAUGAUGAAUUUACUUAUGCAUCUACCAAUUUGGGAUGGAAAAAUGCCUACCCCAUGUAUUCUUAAACCUAAACCAAUGUGGACUGGUAAACAACUUUUCUCAUUGAUUAUACCUGGUAAUGUGAACUUGAUACGUACUCAUUCUACUCACCCUGAUGAAGAAGACAAUGGACCUUAUAAAUGGAUAUCACCCGGUGAUACAAAGGUAAUGGUUGAACAUGGUGAACUAGUGAUGGGAAUAUUGUGUAAAAAGACCUUAGGUACUUCAGCUGGGUCAUUGCUCCAUAUUUGUAUGUUGGAAUUGGGACAUGAAGUGUGUGGACGGUUCUAUGGUAACAUUCAAACUGUGGUUAAUAACUGGCUUUUAUAUGAAGGUCAUUCUAUUGGUAUUGGUGAUACUAUUGCUGAUCCUCAAACUUAUUUGGAAAUUCAAAAAGCUAUUAAAAAAGCUAAGGAAGAUGUAAUUGAAGUUAUACAAAAAGCCCAUAAUAUGGAUCUCGAACCAACACCUGGUAAUACUCUUCGUCAAACUUUUGAAAAUCAAGUAAAUAGAAUUUUAAAUGAUGCUCGUGACAAGACUGGAGGUUCUGCUAAAAAAUCAUUGACUGAAUACAACAAUCUCAAGGCUAUGGUUGUGUCAGGAUCUAAAGGUUCUAAUAUUAAUAUUUCUCAGGUUAUUGCUUGUGUAGGACAACAAAAUGUAGAAGGCAAACGUAUACCAUUUGGUUUUCGUAAACGCACACUGCCACAUUUUAUUAAAGAUGAUUAUGGUCCAGAAUCUAGAGGGUUUGUUGAAAAUUCUUAUCUUGCUGGUUUAACACCAUCAGAAUUCUACUUUCACGCUAUGGGUGGUCGGGAAGGUCUUAUUGAUACUGCUGUAAAAACUGCUGAAACUGGUUAUAUUCAGAGACGUUUGAUAAAAGCUAUGGAGUCUGUUAUGGUUCACUAUGAUGGAACCAUUCGUAACUCUGUUGGCCAGUUGAUUCAGUUGCGUUAUGGUGAAGAUGGUCUUAGCGGUGAGGCAGUAGAGUUCCAAAGUAUUGCUACUAUUGAACCAUCACACAAGAAAUUUGAGGACGAGUUUAAAUUUGAUGUUUCAAAUGAAAGACACAUGAGAAAAAUAUUUACUGAAGACGUAUUAAAAGACUUGAUGGGUAGCAAUGAUAGUGUAUCAGAAUUAGAAAAAGAAUGGGAACAAUUAAAUAACGAUAGAGAUACUCUUAGAGAAAUUUUUCCUUCUGGAGAAAGCAAAGUGGUGUUACCAUGUAAUUUAAAACGUAUGAUUUGGAAUGUACAAAAAAUUUUUCAUAUUAACAAACGAGGACAAACCGACUUAAAUCCAGUUAAAGUCAUAAAUGGGGUUAAAGAAUUGUUAGACAAGUGUGUUAUUGUAGCUGGUCAAGAUGAGUUGAGUAAAAAAGCAAAUAAAAAUGCCACAUUAUUGUUUCAAUGUUUGGUGCGUUCCACUCUUUGCACUAAGCUAGUGUCAGAAAGAUUCCGUUUAUCUUCUGAAGCAUUUGAGUGGUUAAUUGGAGAAAUUGAAAAUAGAUUUAAACAAGCUCAAGCACAACCUGGAGAGAUGGUAGGAGCAUUAGCUGCUCAAAGUUUGGGAGAACCAGCUACUCAAAUGACAUUAAAUACUUUUCAUUUUGCUGGAGUAUCCUCAAAGAAUGUAACUCUUGGAGUACCUAGAUUAAAAGAAAUCAUAAAUAUAAGUAAAAAACCAAAAGCACCAUCUUUGACUGUAUUUUUGACUGGAGCAGCUGCUAGAGAUGCAGAAAAAGCUAAAAAUGUAUUGUGUCGUCUUGAACAUACUACAUUGAGGAAAGUUACUGCCAACACUGCUAUUUAUUAUGAUCCUGAUCCUCAAAAUACAGUUAUUAGAGAAGAUCAAGAAUUUGUAAAUGUUUAUUAUGAAAUGCCUGACUUUGAUCCAUCAAGAAUUUCACCAUGGUUGUUACGUAUUGAAUUGGAUAGAAAAAGAAUGACUGAUAAAAAAUUAACUAUGGAAGCAAUAUCUGAAAAAAUCAAUGCAGGUUUUGGUGAUGAUCUCAAUUGUAUAUUUAAUGAUGACAAUGCCGAUAAAUUAAUUUUACGUAUACGCAUAAUGAAUGGUGAAGAUGGAAAAAUGAAUGGCGGCGAUGAUGAAGAUACUGUUGAUAAAAUGGAAGAUGAUAUGUUCCUUAGAUGUAUUGAAGCAAAUAUGUUGUCUGAUAUGACCUUACAAGGUAUAGAAGCCAUAGCAAAAGUGUACAUGCAUUUGCCUCAAACAGAUUCAAAAAAAAGAAUAAUAAUUACUGAUACUGGAGAAUUUAAAGCAAUUGCUGAUUGGUUGUUAGAAACUGAUGGUACUAGUUUAAUGAAAGUAUUAAGUGAAAGAGAUGUAGAUCCUGUGAGAACAUUUUCCAAUGAUAUUUGUGAAAUAUUUUCGGUUUUGGGCAUUGAAGCUGUACGAAAAUCUGUAGAGAAAGAAAUGAACACUGUUUUGCAAUUUUAUGGUUUGUAUGUAAACUAUCGUCAUUUGGCAUUGUUGUGUGAUGUAAUGACAGCUAAAGGUCAUUUGAUGGCCAUUACUCGACAUGGUAUUAAUAGACAAGAUACGGGAGCUUUGAUGAGAUGUUCAUUUGAAGAAACAGUUGAUGUGUUAUUGGAUGCUGCUGCACAUGCAGAAGUUGAUCCAAUGAGAGGAGUGUCUGAGAAUAUUAUUAUGGGUCAAUUGCCGAGAAUGGGAACAGGUUGUUUUGAUUUACUUUUGGAUUCUGAAAAAGCUAAGGAUGGUAUAGAAAUACCAAUGGAUAACGGUUACAUGGGUAUGGGUGGUGGUGGUAUGUUUAUGGCUGCUGGAACGCCGUCAAUGUCUCCUGCCAUGACACCUUGGGAUCAAACUUCUACACCAGUUUAUCAAAAUAGCUGGUCAUCAAGUAGGAUACUUAAAAACCUAAAAGUACUUAUUUUUCUUUUAUUAAACGUCAUUACAUUAUUUAAAGGUUUAGAAGCUGGGAUGACUCCAGGAGGACCUGGAUUUUCUCCAGCUGGAUCUAGUGAAGCUAGUGGAACAUCUCCAUUUUGGAUGACAAGUGGUGGAACUCCGGGUAGUCCUGGAUCUCCAGGAAUGGCUACCAGUCCAUAUGUUCCUAGUCCUAAUUCUAUGUCACCAAACUAUAACUAUCCAUCAAGCCCACAAUUUGGUUCAAUGUCACCAUCUAUGACUCCUACUAAUUAUUCACCAACUAGUCCACAAUAUUCAGCUACACAACAAAAUACUCCAAAAUAUUCUUCUAUGUCACCUAACUACAACUAUUCCCCAACCAGUCCAUCAUAUUCACCUACUAGUCCAUCUUACUCUCAUACUUCAUAUUCACCAACAAGUCCUUCAUACAGCCCAACAUCUCCAUCAUAUAGUCCAACUUCACCUUCAUAUAGCCCAACAUCUCCGUCAUACAGUCCUACUUCUCCAUCAUACAGCCCUACAUCUCCCUCAUACAGCCCUACCAGCCCUUCAUAUAGUCCUACGUCUCCAUCAUACAGCCCUACAUCUCCGUCUUAUAGUCCAACUUCUCCAUCGUAUAGUCCUACAUCUCCAUCGUAUAGUCCAACUUCACCAUCUUAUAGCCCAAGCUCUCCACAAUACACAGCAUCUUCACCGUCAUAUACUCCUAGUGCUACGUCUGGUGCUAGCAAUUAUAAAUAUUCACCUACCUCACCAUCUCUGGCUGUAAGUCCAACUUAUUCUCCAACCAGUCCAAUGUAUUCGCCAUCAAAUGCAUCAUACUCUCCAUCUUCUGUACAACAUACACCAAAUGCUGGAGCUACACAAUACAACCAGUCUUACAGUCCCAGUUCACCGGUUUAUUCACCUACUAACUUUUCAUUAGCAAGUCCCAGAUAUUCUCCUACAUCACCAACAUAUUCACCCGGUGUUGGAAGUCCAAAUUAUUCUCCAUCUUCACCCAGCUAUUCUCCGACGUCUCCAAAUUAUAGUGGACCAGAAGAACAGUAAAUCAAAGUACAGUUUUGGUAAACAAAUUCUAUAUAUAUGAAUUGUUUACUUAAAACAUAUUUUUUUUUAGUUUCAACGUGUUUAAGUAGCUAGAUACCAAAUUAGAAUGCUAAUUUCUAUGUUUAAAAUAUGAAUUUCUUUUAAUAUUAUAUUA